UCAAUCACAAUUCCGUCGGGGAAUAAACUCGUGGAACGUACGAUGUCCGAUUAGUUGAAACCAGGUCGGGCUAAAGUGAUCACCGACUCCGCCGAGGGUGUCGCUGAUACGCACUUCGGGAGAAAAGUGAUCAGUUUCGAGAGUGAUUCAUUCAUCUUCCCGCGAGGGAAGAAUAUACGGAGGUUGAAUAAACGUUCGAUUAAGAAGUUAACUUAUGAGAUUUGGAGCCAGUUCUCUCUCCCUUUAUUGAGAGAGAGUUUAAAAAAAAAGAAGAACCGGCAUCGGUAUUUAAACACCCAAACACAGUUCGUUGAAUCUCUAACCCUGGCCGUCUCUUUUGGCACGAGAAACUGUGUUCGUGUCUCGGAUCGUCGCGGCUGGCAAGGAUCUCCCUUCGAUUUCGCGACCUUGGCGUCGCGCCAAGACACCCGGGCGAGAAUGUAACCGCGACGAUCGAGGCAUGUACGCGUCGUCGUAGCCGCAACGUUGCGUCGAACGAGAAAAGAUGCAGUCGACCUGCCAGCAGCAACAAGCUCAGCCAGGCCAAAACGGAACUUCCGCCAGCAGGACAUCGUUCCUCAUCGAGGAUAUCCUUAGCCGCGGCACCGUCACUCCGCACACCCAUCAUCAUCAGCUGCACCAUCAACACUUGACGUCGACCUCCGGCCACGGGCAACACCAUCAGUAUCAGCAGUUCGCCAGUUUGCUACCCGGUUAUCCCGCGGCACCACCCGCUGCGGCGGCCUUCUUCUUGGGUCCGCUCUUCGGUAGCGCUGGCAUGGGGGUCGGUGUGGUGCCAGGGGUCGGGGAACUAGCAGCUCUUAAACAUUGCCGACGACGAAAGGCUCGGACUGUAUUCAGCGAUCAGCAGCUAGCGGGUCUAGAAGCGAGGUUCGAGGUACAGAGAUAUCUGAGCACGCCCGAGAGAGUAGAACUGGCGGCGGCAUUGCACUUGUCGGAGACCCAAGUGAAAACAUGGUUCCAAAAUCGACGGAUGAAGCACAAGAAGCAGCUGAGGAAGCUAAACACAACUGGCGGCAGCAACAAUUCCAAUUCAGGCCAGCAAUCGAUAUCCGUAACGUCGCCCGCUGAACGUCCGGUAGACUUUUCGCUGAGUGGCGGCCGCGAGUCGCGCGCGAGCAGUGACGCGCCCGCGGACUCCGACGACGAGGACGAUGACGAGAUCGACGUGCUGGGUGAUGAAACACCGUCGCCGACGCCAACACCAACGGCGACGCCGACUCCGAUGCCGGCGCCGGCGCCGACGCCUACGCCGGCCCCAACGCCGACCUUGACGUCGACGUCGACGGUUUCGACCCCGACGUCGACGCGUACCGGCACUCUGCCGUCUCUCCCAAGACGCGGCACGCCACCGAGGAUCCUCCACACGGCGAUUCAUCCGCACUCGCAUUCGCAUUCUCACCCCCAUUCGCAUCCACAUCCGCAUCCACAUCCGCAUACGGUCAGCCUUCACCAUCAGCACGGCCAGCAUUCCGCCCAACGUCAGCAUCGCUGAGACGCGUUGCGACGUCAUCGCUUGUCUUUUAUCAGAAUCACGGCAGCCACGCGUAGAAAAGAAUGGAUGAUCUUUGUCUCUCCGUGGUUACUGGAUUACCAUCCCCGCCGGUAUCCCCGCGACGACCGGAUCCAUCGAGAAUUUACCUUAGGCUAAAACUCGCCGCAUAACGGAGAACACGGAAUUCGGCAGAGAUUGUCUCCGCUCGAAGGACCGAGAGGAGAGAAACCAACGGUCUUCGUGCAAGUUUUUAACUGCGGUAUUUACUUACCUGUCACUGAAAUAAUUCGCGCUAUUCAACGCAGAACGAUAUCGUUGCUGGAGCGUCGCUGGAUUUUUCCCGCUUGCGUAACGUAAUAAAUAGAGGAAAAAGAAAAAAGUAAACGAAAGGAAUGGAAUUUUUGCCGGUUCCGAAAUCUCUACUUUUUAUAGUGAAAUACGGUAUUUGGUCUGUUGUUACUUUUUAUAGUCAACUGUGUAAAAAAUAUAGGCCGUGGUUUUCGUUGAGAAUUAAACUGUCAU